UUCUGCCACCCCGCUCUCCCCAUCCUUUUCGUGGUACAGCUGGACCAUGGCGUUUUUGCGCAAAGCGCAGAAAUACUCUGCUUACACCUUCACAGGGUUUUUGGUUUUACACGGCACCUCUGUGGUGAUAGCUCCGCUGUUCUCCGUGCCGCUCGCCAACGAUCUCUUCUCCAUGGGGCGAAGUAUCUACCAGGCUGCGGGGAUUGAACUGGUCCUCAUCUGGACUUCUGUUCCAGUGCACAUCCUUCUGGGGGUUUUCAUGCGGGUGUUGAAAAAGUGGCAUAGCUAUGGCUCGGCAAAGCACAUCCGACAGGGGGAAACAAGUCUUCCCCUGUCUGGGGAUAAGGAUAGUUUCGGGCUUGGAGGGAUCACAAGCUUCUUGGGUUUGGGCGAACGCAGAUCAUACGUCAGCCGCAAGUUUGGCUUAUCGCCAUUACAGUUCAGUGGUUAUGCGUUGACUCCAAUGCUUAUUGGCCACGUCUUGAAGGAAAGAAUUGGGCCCUUGGUGAUUGACGGUGACUCGUCUUUGAUCGACUUGUCUUAUAUUUCCCACGCGCUCAACAAGAAGGGUGCCGUCAUCUACGUGGGCAUGGUCUUGCUCGUGUGGAUUUCUUCGUACCACGUUGUUUCUGGCUGGAUGAAGUACAUGAAGUGGUACGGCACACGAUCGAAAAGAAUUGCGUACAUGGUGAUCAACGGUAUGGCCGCGUUUGCAGCGUUUAGUAUGUUCCAGAUAGGCAAGGGGGGGUUGAGUACAGGCUUUAUUGGCAAACAGUUUGACGCCUACCUUGACUACCUCGAGUAGAGUCGAAGUGGUGGCUAUUGCAGGCUAUGGAGAAGAGUCCUUCGGCCUGGUUCUGUUAUGAAUACAGUUUCGCUCUAUUUAUUUAAAUAUAUGCAAUCAUCCAAUGGUGAUUGAAUAAUGCACAAAAGGGUCUAU